GCUCACUGCUGCUUCCCACCUUUCGCAGCUGGCUCUCCUUGCCGCCUUGACCAGCGACCGGAGGGACUCCAUUCUCCCGACGACAGAGCUUGUUUACGGUAGCGAUUGCAUAUGAAGCAAGCGGCGGGUGAAUCUGGAGGAGGAUGCGGGGUCACCUGGGGCAUUGAAAUUGGGGAGGAGGAGGAGGAGGAGGAGGAGGAGGAGGAGGAACAGGGGAAGGAAAGUGGAUCUAGGGAGUUGAUUUUGCUUCUGCAGCGUGGAGCUCGUAAUCAAGACCUGUGGAACCACGAAGCUCCUCGCCGCCAUGACGCCGAUUCUGGAUCUGGCCGGCUAUCUCUCCCUCUCUUUAGAUCUCGGAAUUUCAAAAUCAAGCAAUGGCGGUCAACACCUCGCCAAGCGAAUUCGAGAAGCGACUCUGAUUCUGAAGCGUUACCUCUCGUUCUUCCCGUUUCGCCACUCAAGUUUCCUCUUUGCAUUCCGAUUGAAGAAAUCAUCUCGGGCUUCUCGAUCACUUGAAAACAGUAACCCUAGAGAAUAUUUUGAGGUUUACCCAGAUUGAUUUGGCGAGAACAAUCGAUGUGCAUAUACCGCUCGACGAGCUCCUCCACCUCCCCCGUCGUAAGCGGGUCACCCAUGACCCAAUUCUUCUCUUCCAGGUACUGCUCUUGAUCCACAACAUUCGAUUCCGCCGGAGCAGCGGUGCCCGUCCAUUCCCUGUCGAGACGACGCGACCCAAACGGCGAGAACCUCUUCUUUUCUCGAUAACCAAUUGGAUCGACCAACGGGUUGUAAUCGUAAGAGUAUCUGAAAUCAAAAGGGAGGUCGGAU